AUGUUAUAUAUUAAUUUUUUUUUUUAUUCCUUACAAUAUUUUAUAUUAAUUAAUAUUUGCAUUUCACAAGAAUCACAAGAGGAAAGCCCAGAUUUAUUUUCAGAAGAAAUAUCUUCAAAUAUUUAUAUAAAAGAAAGCUCUCCCAGUAUGAGAAAUUUGAUUGAUACAGUAAAUAUAGAACAAGAUGAAAUUCUUGAUUUAGAAAGUACAUAUAUUCCUUUCCCUAUGGAAGAAAAAAAUUCAAAUUCUGACAAUGAAGAUUACCCUUUUGGAAUGGGUUUAAUUGACACAAUAAAUUUAGAGAAAAGUGAGUCAUGUGAUAUAGCAAAUAUUUUAGAUGAAAUUCUAAAUACAUUACCAGAUUCGUUAACAGAACCAAUCGAUUUACUCUCUGAACAUGAAAACUCAACCAUUCAUGCUGAAGCAGGACCUUCUAGCAUAAGUUUAAUAGACACAAAAGAUACAGAACAUAAAUAUCAUGUUAAAUUACAAAAUACAUUAAGUGAAAUUCUAAGUACAUCACCAGAUUCACAAACACAAUCUUUCAAUUUACUUUUUGAGCAUAAUUAUGCAAUAAAUGUUACUCAUGGAAAAUCAUUUAGUGUAAACAAUUUAAUGAAUACAGAAAAUGUAAAACAGGAAGACCCUGUUGAAUUACAAAAUAUUUUAGAUGAAAUUCUAAAUACAUUACCAGAUUCAUUAACGGAACCAAUCGAUUUACUCUCUGAAUAUGAAAACUCAAUCAUUCAUGCUGAAGCAGGGCCUUCUAACAUAAGUUUAAUGGGCACAGAAAAUGAAAAACAUAAUGAUUCACAUAAGCCACAGUCUAUUUUCAAUUAUCCAUCAGUAACUCCCAAUUAUUUGAAAGGAGAAUUCCUUAAUUCACUCUUAGAAGAUCAAUGUCCAUCUAUUAAUUAUGAAGAUAUACUUCCCACUACUAGCAAUUUAAUGAUCCCAGAAAAUGUAGAACAUGAAGAAUAUAUUAAAUUACAAAUUAGUCCUGUUGAUUUUCCUAUAGAAAAACCUGCUACAACUAUUAACUAUAACGAAGAUAUGAGUCUAUUAGAUGAAAUUGAACAAAUAUCAGAAGAGUCCAUGAUAAAUAAAAAAAAUGAGGAGGAAAAUGAUGAACAAAUUUAUGGAAAAAAUGCGUUUAGCAAGCAAAAUUUAUCUACUGAUUUACCUGUUAUCAAUCCUAGUAAGGAUGUCAGUGGUGAUAACACACAGUCAUGCAAAAAAAAAGGAAAGAAGAGAAAUUACGAAGAUAUUGAUAAUUUAGGUGAUCAGAACAUUGAAAAAGAUAUAUAUAUUGCUCCAAAAAAAAAUUGUACUUAUCAAAUUGGUGCAGAUUUUGUUUAUUCUCUUUCUAAUAUUUUUAAAAUGCAAAUUAACUGCUUACCAGAUAGUGUAGUUCCAAGUUUACAAAAAUUAAGAGAUAUAUUAGACGAUGACAAUAAAAUUACAUAUAAUAAUAUAGAAAAAAAAAUUAACAUAAACAUUUUGCUAUUAAGAGAUAUUAUAACUGAGGAAAUACAAAAAAUUAAUCCUUCUGACCUAAGAGCAAUAAAAGAAUAUUAUGAUAAAAAUAUAGAAGGAGAAAAAUUAGUAAAAAGCAUUAAUAGUAAUAUUUUGUUAUUUAGACAUGAAACAAACCAUAAAUUUGAUAGAAAAGCAAUAUAUGAAAAAAUAAAGCAAAUUUUAGAAAUUUUUGAGGAUUUAGUCAAUGAACAUAAAAUUUUUCAGGAAUUAUAUUAUCAUAAAUCAGUUAUUAUGAAUAAAUUCAUAUACAAUAAAUUAUUUUCUAUUUCAUUUAUUCAAUCAUUAGAAGUUUGUAAACGUAUUUUUGAAUUAUUGAAAUGCAUGGAUGAAUUAAUAGAAUGUGCAGAAAAAUCAAUUAAAAAUGGAUUUAUAUUAAGAGAUCGUAAUUAUUUUCGUACGACUCAAAAUACUAUAUCUAGUCUUUAUUUAUUGAUAAUUUCAACUAUUAAAAAUAAUUUUAUUAAACUUGACAGUAUUUUGAAAACAUUGAAUUUAUCAUAUAAAGACCACGGUAUAAUAAUAGAAACUAUUUUUUAUUUUUUUAUAAAAGAAAACGUAAAAAAUAAGGAAAAAUUAAAGCCUUACAUAAAUAAACCUUAUAAACAAAAUUCUUUAGAAGCAAUAUAUAAUUUUUUAUUAGAGGAAGAAGGAAGUAUUAUGUACUACUAUAAUGAAGCAUUUAAAUUUUUUAAAUUAAAUUUAAGUGACAAAAAUAAGGAAAGAAUGCUCUUCAAUGAUUUAAUAAAUAACAAAGAUACUGCAAAUAAUUUAUUCUCUGUUUACGAAACUCUUAUGAAAUUAAUCGGAGGUUUAUUUAUUAAGAGACAGUUAACCAUUAUUAUGAAUAUACGUAGAUCAUUAUUUAGUAUAAAUUCAUUGGGAAAAAGGAAAAAUAUUUCGGGUGUAAAAAUUUUAAAUAAAGAAUACCAAUUAUAUUUACUCUCUCAAAUAGAAAAAGAAAAGUGUAAAAUGGAAAAUAUUAAGCUUAAUAUAAGAAAUUUAUAUUUAUUUGUUACUACAAAAGAUGAAAUAAAACAUAUUCAGGUAUCAGACUCUUUAAUAAAUAAAAUAAAUGGAAUUUUAUCAAUUUUACGUUUCAUUUGUAAAGUAGUAUAUAAAGAUGAAGAUAAAACUAAUCUUAAAAUAAAAAAGGCUAGAAUGGAAAAUAUUUUGCUUGCACUAUAUUAUGCCAACCAAAGGCUUUCAGAAUUUACAGAAAAUAAAAUACAAUAA